GAUCCUUGUCACAGGUCUCUCACUGUCCCCACACAUAGCUGCAGAUGUCUCCCACAGUUCGUUGCUAGUGUUUAUUUUGAACUGUUCUGUUUCCCAAUGAAAGCUAAUGAGUCUUUUUCAUGGUAAAGAGAAGCAAGUUUCUUGAGAGGACAGGUGAAUUUCAGGAAUAUUUUUACCACGUUCUGGGGGAUCAGAGGUGUGGGGCGGAGCAGCUGCCAGGUCUCCACACCCAGGCCCUUUGGGAUGAACCAGACGCUGGUGACCGAGUUCAUCAUCCUGGGAUUUUUGGAAACGCCUCGCCUGCGAGCACUACUCCUCCUGGGCUUCCUAGGCCUCUACUUGGCUGCCCUGUCGGGAAACCUGCUCAUCGUGGUGGCCAUCAGCACCAGCCCAGCUCUGCACACCCCCAUGUACUUCUUCCUGGCCAACCUGGCCGCAGUGGACAUCCUCUGCACCUCCACCAUUCUGCCCAAGCUGCUGGGCAGCAUGGUGGCUGGCAGGACCAUCUCCUAUGGGGGCUGCAUGGCGCAGCUCUUCUUCUUCACAUGGUCAAUGGGGGCAGAGCUGCUGCUUUUCUCAGCCAUGGCCUAUGACCGCUUCGUGGCCAUCUGCCAGCCAUUGCACUAUGGUGCACGGAUGGGCUCUCGGGCAUGUGCUCUGCUGGCCGUGGCCGUGUGGGCCAUCAGCCUCACCAACACCUGCGUGCACACAGGCCUCAUGCUGCGCCUGCCACUCUGCAAGUCUGGCGUCGUUGAGCACUUCUUCUGCGAGAUUCCCCCACUGCUGAGGCUGUCCUGCGCCCCAACACGUCUGAAUGAGGUCAUGGCCUUCACCGCGGACGUGUUCUUGGCCAUAGGUAACUUCUCGGUGACCAUGCUCUCCUAUGGCUGCAUCAUCGCCAGCAUUGUGCGCAUGCGCUCAGCAGCGGGCAAGCGCAAGGCCUUCUCCACCUGCUCCUCCCACCUGCUGGUGGUCACGCUGUAUUACUCCACCGUCAUCUACACCUACAUCCGCCCCGCGUCCAGCUACGCACUGCGCAAGGACAAGGUGGUGUCCAUCAUCUACACCUCUGUGGCGCCCACCCUGAACCCGCUCAUCUACACUCUGAGGAAUAAGGACGUCAAAGUUGCACUCAGGAGACUUCUGUGCUGCUGCUGAGCUCCCCAGGCCACCAGCUCCCAGCCCUGAGGGGUCAGGGGCCCGUGCCCAAGGACCACAGCAGGGACAGCACCCCACCUGGGGCUUCCCCAAAGCCCUCCUCCCAGACCCGGUAUGCUGUUUAACAAGGGGGCAGGCGUUGGGGUGCCUGUGCCCUCUGCUGUAAAUACAUUUAGGAAAUCAUCAGACGGUGAUUUGUGCCCUCAUGUUGACUUGUCCCCUCCACGGUGGCUUUUCCGGUCUUUCCAUGCUCAUUUGUUCCAGUCAUGCUGCCCUUUCUGUCCCCUCCUAUUGAUCUAUCUCCUGUGUGUGGCUUGUCUGUCCCCAAGGCCAUGAUGGUUUCAUGUCUCCGUCACUGUUGACUUUUGACCUCCCCUGCAGACUGCAGUCUCUUUGUUGACAAGGACACUGUGUUGUCCUUAUCUCUGACCAGGCACAGGGCAGGUACCCAGUAAAUAUCAGUUGACUGCCACGAGGAUGAAGGGAGCCAAGAUAUGUGCACCACUUAGGUCACUAGGACUAGGCUCAGAAAGGCCAGGCAGAGGCAGUCUGUGGUGUGGUUAGUAAGGCAACUGACAAUUCUCUGCUUUCCCCUAAUCUGAAACACUUCCUGUCCCUGUGGAGAGUGGACGGGGCAUUAAUGGUGGUGAGGGGAAGAGAGUGCACUACAUCAGCCUGCUUUGCUGCUUGGACUCCAGGGGAAGAGGGGCCACAGGAGGGCAUUCAAGGGUGAACCCUAAGCCACCAGGGCUGUGCCGAGGGGUGUUCAUAGCCACCAUGGGCCUCCAGCCAGGGCAUCCUCAAGUGGCCCAACCCACUAAGUCCUGCUCCUCUGGCUUCUCCUGCUCCCUCUGGGACAGAACCCUGAAGAGUAACCAUGAGUCUUUUCCAUUAGAGACAUUUCAUGCAGUGAAGUUAGGAAACCUAGAUCGGCAUGAAGGAGAUCACAGGAAGAGCAGAAUCGUGGUGACUGCGUCCAGAGGGGCCUUCCUUCACAUUCUCCUCUCUCAGUCUUCCCAUGUGCACAAGCCACACACAGCUUGGUGUCAGUCUGCACACAGGGUUUUGCACACAAUCCCUUCAGUUCAGAGAAUGUGGCCUGAGUCCUCACAGGUCAUUGCAGACUUUGCCACCAACUCCUGGUAGAGGCUCUUUGUGGCAGCAGGUUUAGGGUGUAGCUACCCAUGGGCCACUGCCACUCAGACUCCACCUCUGCAGUGCUGGGUGGCACCCUCUCCCCAGGCCCUGAAUGGAGUCUGGGCACUUGGUGAGCAGCCCUGGCUUUUCUCUGACUUUAGAAUAAAGUGCACACAUGUUCAAGGAUAUUCGGGAAAAGAAAAAUUAAAAUGGAGGCAAUGCACUGUUUCUAGCAUCACAUAGACCGUCUUAAAGACAAUGUCCAGAAGUGUCUUAGUAACAACCACAAGUGUUUCAGGUGCUGGAGAAUGAUCAAAAGGAGACAGGAAUGAGAAAGAUUUAAACCUUGACAAAUUUGAGUCAUCAUGCCGUUUUUCCCUGAGGAGCCUUUUGGGCAGGCUGUAGGAAGGUUGGAAGUAGUUGGCUAGCCCAAGUCCUGUUGGCUUAAGGAUCAGGGGCAGAGCUGUGGCCCCAGGGUAGUUCGAAUUGAGGAACCACAGGGGCCAGGGACAUCCAAAUUAAUAUGUAGUGUUUUCUUUUUUCUAUGUAAUUACUUUGGCAUCCUGAUUUCUUUUUCACAAAAUUUUCUCCUGGUGUACAGAAAUACCACUGACUUUUAUAUGUGGAUUUUGUAUCCUACAAUUUUCAUGAAUUUAUUUUUGAAUUCUAAUAGAUUUGGGGCUGGUGGGAUGGAGGCCUGGUAAGCUUAGCCAUUCAUUCCAAGGGUUUCAUCUAGAGACCAGGAGUCAUUGGCAGAGUGGAGAGUAAGUGAUCAUGGAAGGGGCUGGGCAGCCCCAGGACUUGGCUCUGCACCCACAACUGGAUGUCUCCAGGAGGAAGAUGCUCUCCUCAGUUCAGCCAGGCAUUCUGCAGGAUCUCGAAGGAUGUGCAGCUUCCCCGGGAAGCUUAGGUUUAUGGAAGAUAAAUACCAGCACAAGAAAUAUAAACUAAAAGUCCCCAAGAAAUGGUUUUGAUUUCUAGAGGUGCUAUUGAUAGUGAGAGAGAGCACAAGAUCUUAACUAGAUUCAACUAGAUGCAACUAGAUUCAGCAUAUUUUUAACAUUAUUGAAUCUGGGUAAUAGUGAUGGGGUACAUUAUACUUUCUUUACUAUUUUUCCACAUGUGGAAUUUCCUCUACUCAAAAAACAAGACCUCAUUGCUACAGCAUGGGUGAAUGGGAUGGAACUCAAUGAAGGAAAUAUUAAGUAUCAAACUCAGGAGGCAGCAGAAACAGGACAGAGAAGGACUAGAAAGCAAUGAGCCAGAUGUCAGACCCAAAGUACACUGUGUGAUGAUCCCAGGGAAAGGCAGAGGUCAGAGGACAAGGAUGAACGCAGAGAUGGCGAAAUGCAAAUAGGUGAGACUCUUCUUCAAAGUUUAGUGGAAUGGGCAAACUUGAGAACAAAAAAGUACAAGUAAACAGCAUUUAGGAUGAAAAGAGGGCACAGUGAUAAAAACAACAAAGGCUGGCAGGAUAACACCAGACCUAAGGGAAGGCAAUGGAUUUAAACUUAAAAGGAAUCACAAAACCCCGAAAAAAAUAGACUUUCCUACAGCCAAUCCAAGAAGAAAUAUAAAGCCUGACCAGUUACACCCUUAAGUAAACUGAAGUAUAAAUGACUUAACAAAGCUUUAUUACAAGUAAAAUUAUGAGGUGGUCUAAAAAGUGAGUUAUUUCCAACUUUCAAAAAGCAGAUUAUUUUUCCUAUACAAACUUCAAAAGGAUGAAACCGAUUGGACAGGCAUCGCAUCUUUCCAUGAAGAGCGGGCGACCCUGACAGGAGAGGGAGUGCAGGAGUCAGCAAGCCACACAGUGGCCACAAGCCCACCCUCUGGGCACAAGUGCAUGAGCACAGCAAAGACAUAUUUUAAGCUGAGAGAGAGCACAAGAUCUUAACUCCAUAGAUGCAACUAGAUUCAACAUAUUUUUAACAUUAUUGAAUCUGGUAUCCCAGGGCUUCCAGACCAGCUCCACACUAGAGAACACACAAGUGCUGUUCACCUCGUUAGCACACAGGCGAAAUGCUUGUUAGGAUGCCUUAGAAUCCACACUGAAGAGUGCUUGGAAACUUUCAGGGUGGUAAGGACUCUAAGGAUGUGAUGGUGAAGGAACUGGACUGGGAAGCUGGUUCCUGCCCUCACCUCCAAUCUUUAGCUGAGGGUCAAGGCAGAGUGAUGGUGGUUGAAGUAAAGGAGUGAGCUCAUAAAGCAUGGAGGAGACCUACCACGCAGUGGGCAUGGAGCCCAGCCCAAGUGCUCCCCCUGCUGUGGAGCCAUCCACCACCACCAAGCAUGUGAGUAACAAGGUGUACAACACCUCUCUGUUGAGUCCUCCAAGUUCUCUGUAUUGGUGAGUAGACCCUGGGGUGUUUGCAGCCCUGACGCUGAACAAAUGCUUAGAAGCAUUUAAUACAAUCCGAUGACAAUUGCUAACUUAGGAAUUCUUUAGACUCAAAAUAAAAGGGAACAUUUUUAAAAAUUUACUUUUUAGUUGUAGGUGGACACAAUUUCUUUAUUUUAUUUUUAUGUAGUGCUGAGAACUGAACCCAGUGCCUCACACAUGCUAAGCAAGUGCUCUACCUCUAAGCCACAACCCCAGCCCAAAAGGGAACAAUUUAAACUUCCAUUAGGAUAUCUAUCAAAACCCUGCAACAAGCAUUAGUCUUAAAGGAAAAUUCUAAGAACAUCCUCAUUAAAAUAAAACUUAAAGCAACAGUAUACUGAGGUUCUAUUCAUGCAGUAAGACAAAAAGCAACGUUUUAGAAAUAAAGAUUGGAGAAGAGAAGGUGAAGCUCUUGUUUGUCAUGGAUGAUAGGACUGUCUUCUGAGAAACCUCAAGAGGAUCCAUGCAGAAAUCAUGGGAAUCAGAGAGUGCAUGCAGCAAGAAGACUCUGGAUCAACAAGCAGAAAGCUGUGUCACUCCACUCCAGCUAUAGGUAGAUGGAAAAGGUGAUUCACAAAGAAUUCUGUUUUAAGAAUCUCAGUUGCCUAAGGAUAACUUUAACAAAAAUGUGUACAAUUUAUAUGCAGAAAAUCAUUAAAAGCAUUUUAAAUGGCUUAAA